UCUGCAUGUAGAGGGCAGUGAAGAGCUCAUUCCUGUUUCACUUUGAAACCUAGCUGCGCACUGGUGUCUUUGCUGCUCAUUGACGAUGGCUUUGACCCGGUUCGAGCGGUUCUUGGGCCGAUUGCUUCGAGCUGUGGUGUGGAUGCUCUUCGCCGCUUUUAAGUUAUUUGCACCCCAGCAGAGGCAUGGAGUUUCGCGACUCCCACCCAUCACUAACCCACUUCUGCUGCUCUCAGCGAUGCAGCUUGCCCGAAAGAUUCGCCGGAAAGAAGUAACAAGUGUUGAAGUGGUCCAGGCCUACAUUGAUCGCAUUCAGGAAGUGAACCCACUUAUCAAUGCUAUGGUCAAAGACAGGUUUUCUGCAGCGCUUCAGGAAGCUGCACAGGUUGACAAACUAAUAGAGGAGGAGACGGGAGGAGAGGAGGUGCUGGAGGACAGGCUACCUCUGCUUGGAGUACCCAUCACUGUUAAAGAGGCCUUUGCCCUGCAAGGCAUGCCUAACUCGACAGGGCUGUUGACCAGACGGGAUCUUUUUUCAGGAGUAGAUGCCCCAUCUGUUGCCCUGUUGAAGAGGGCAGGAGCGAUUCCACUGGGUGUGACUAACUGCAGUGAGCUCUGUAUGUGGCUAGAGUCCCACAACCACCUCUAUGGCAUCACUAACAACCCCUAUGACUUUGAGAGAAUUGCAGGCGGCAGUUCAGGAGGUGAAGGCAGUAUAUUGGGUGCUGGUGCCUCUAUGAUUGGAAUUGGGUCGGAUAUUGGGGGUAGUAUCCGUAUUCCCUGCUUUUUCAAUGGCAUCUUCGGACACAAGCCAUCAACAGGUAUCGUAAGCAAUGAUGGUCAGUAUCCACCCGCCUCUGGACUGCAGAUGGGAUUUCUGUGUACAGGACCCAUGUGCCGCUAUGCUGAAGACCUGAUUCCCAUGCUAAGCAUCAUGGGAGGACCCAAUGCAAAUAAAUUGGGUCUGUCUGCUGAAGUAGAUUUGAAAAAGCUGAGGUUCUUCUCUGUUCCCCACAAUGGAGGCUCUCAUUUGGUCUCUCCAGUUGACGCACAGCUGCUUCAGGCACAGAAAAUGGUGGUCAGACGUUUAGAGGCAGACCUUGGGGUCAAGGUCCAAGAGCUGUUUAUCCCUCAGCUCAAAUACUCCUUUCAGAUCUGGGGAACUAUGAUGGCCUCACCUGGCAAAGAUGGAAAGCCUCCCACCACCUUUGCAGAGCUAAUGAGUGAAGGCGGGAAGAAGGUUUGGCCUGUCUGGGAGCUGUUCAAGUGGUUUCUGGGGUUUUCUUCUCACACCUUAGCAGCAGUAGGUCUGGCUCUAGUUGAGCUGUUCCAGAGUUCCCAUCCAUCCCCAUUCAUUCUGCAGCAGAAGGAGAGUCUGCAGCAGGAGCUGGAGGAGAUGCUGGGCACAGACGGAGUGCUGCUAUACCCCUCUCAUCCCCAGAUCGCUCCCAAACAUCACCACCCAGUUUUCACACCCUUCAACUUCUCUUACACUGGUAUCUUUAAUAUCCUGGGUUUGCCAGUAACCCAGUGUCCAUUAGGGCUGAGUGAAGAGGGUUUGCCCCUGGGCGUACAGAUUGUGACGGGUAAAUUACAGGACCGUCUCUCUUUGGCCACUGCCCUCUACCUGGAGAAAGCUUUUGGUGGCUGGAGGGAACCAGGCAAGUCAGCAGCCAAGCCUUAAUCCAACUCCUGCGUCUGCAACAACAGGACCACAUGACCAACACAUACUGUUCCACAUAUACAGCAUGUGUAAGCAUCCAAAGCUUACUUACAUUUAUUCUUCCUUUUAAGUGCAGAGUGCAUUUUACAUUAACUGACAUGUUUUAGAGGGCUGCAGUUUUGUUUACCCAUAUGUAAACGUGAUAUUACUUUAUUUCAUUCAUAAGAAAUGGAAUAGAUGCUGGAUCCAGAACAAAAAAUAGAGAUAUUUACAUGAGACAUAUUAAUUUUAUAACGAUGUGAGAAAUACCGUAUUUCAUUUCAUAACAGUAUAUAUUUGGGUUUUAUUUUGUUUGUUUUUUACUUUAGUGCACUAAAACAAGGAUGCUUGAACACAUUUGUGCUGUUCGCUGUUUCCUCUUAACAGGCAACUCAAGAGCAGGCUCUUUCUUGUGACAAAUCUAUUUAAUCUUUAGAAUAUCCUUUGCCAUAAGCAGAUUUCAGUGUUUUAGAAGGAUGACAUUUUGUUGCACUCAAAGGGCAUAAAACAAUCAUAUUUAGAAGUAAAUAUCAAGCUGGGGCAUUUAAAUGCUGGGCAUUGGCAGUUUUCUUGGCCUUUAUUACUCAUAUUUUGUUGUUGGUUUCUCUGAAAAAUCUGGUCAAACAUUUUUUAUGUGCUGACGUAUUAAAUAAUGUGCCUAAAGCAGUAACAAUAAAUAAAAAUAAUAAUAAUAAAAAAACA